UCCAACCGGGGAUCCUGUGAUCUAUCGAUCGCCCGCCCGGCGCAUGCAUCCAUCCAGUUAUUUAUGGCCACCUGGACCAAGCUCUGAUGCGCCUGCGCAUGCCUGUGUCCUAUUAAGGCUAUUAUAUACCCGCAUGCAAGCACAAGCGUCCCCUCCCAAGUCCCAACUCCCAACUCCCAACUCUGAUCGCUGGGUAGCUUUGCUAGCAGCUGUGUUUGGUCUCUCUCUUUCAUUCUCCUCGGCAUAUUGUGUUUCUUGCCGUUCUACUAGCUCGUCGAACCACCACAGAGCACCUACUACCAGGAAAGCGAGGAAUAAUGAGAAUGCGCGAGUCCUCUGCUAGUUGCGGGAUAUGGCGGGCUCCAACUCCGUCAGCCCCAGCAGCAGCAGCAGCGGUCGUGUUGGUGUUCCUGCUGCUCAUCGUCAGUUCGUCGUCGUCGCACGUCGUUGCCGACGACGGCGCCAGAACGACGACACCACGUGACCACGCCGCCCUGCUCCACGCGGAGGCAUCGGCUGCUGCUGGUGCUCACGCGAGCAGCGGCAGCAGCAGGGCAACCUACUACAGACCAGCGGGCCGGAGUGAGGACGGGUCGCCGUCGGUGGUGGUGGCGGCGGCGGCGGAGGAGGAGGAGGAGGAGGAUAAGCUGUGGUGGCUCAAGGAGCGCGCGGCGGCGACGGGGUCGCGGCUGCCGGACUGCGCGCACGCGUGCGGGCCGUGCUCCCCGUGCCGGCGCGUCAUCGUGAGCUUCAGGUGCGCGAUGCAGGCCUCCGAGUCCUGCCCCGUCGCCUACCGCUGCAUGUGCCGCGGCAGGUUCUUUCGGGUGCCUUCCCCGCUAGACUAGCCUAGAGGAGGACACUGGACUGCUGCUCAUACAUAUGCAUGGACACUCGUCGAUCUUUGGUUAGGAGCUAGGCAUGCAUUUGGCGCCAAAGCUAUGUGAUGUGAUAUAUGUCAGGGACACUCGUCGUCGGUGUUGUACUGUACUGUAUAUGAGUAGCCGUUUGUUCUCUCUCAGUGUCACACUAGUGCUACACUGCUAGGGGUUAAAUGAGUACUAGGAGUUGUGAUGCAUGCUGAUCUCGUUUGGUUGUACUUGUACUUCAAUCCCGGCCCGUUGGAAACACGAGAAAUCUCACGCUGCGAACAGGUCCUUAAUUACCUGUA